AUGGCUGUGUUUAACAACUGGCUUGUAAAAUUCUUGAAAAUCGAACGAUCAGGUCUGUCUGCAGAGCUGGUAGGAGCUGACGAAGCCAACUGCAGCGCCGCCGCUUCUCCCUGCACGCUCGGCUGGCGGUGGUGUGUUCCCCUCCAAAGUUUGUCAUUUCUGCAGGUAAUCGCUCUAGCAGAUGCAGUAGAGGAAAACCGAGACAAUCUGUUCCAGUCGUUCACCAGGCUGAAAAGUGCCACCCAUUUGGUGGUUCUGCUGAUCGGGCUGUGGCAGAAGCUUAGCACUGACCAGAUGGCCAUUCUGGAAGCGGCAUUUCUGCCGCUGCAGGAGGACACGCAAGAAUUGGGCUGGGAAGAAACAGUGGACGCUGCUGUCUCCCACCUGUUGAAGACCUGCCUGUCGAAGAGUUCGAAGGAGCAGGCUCUGAACCUCAGCAGCCAGCUGGACAUACCCAAGGACACGAGCCGCCUGAAGAAGCACAUUUCCCUGCUGUGCGACAGGCUGGCCAAGGGCGGCCGGCUCUGCGUGAGCACCGACGCCGCGGCGCCGCAGACCGUGGUCCUGCCAGGUGGCUGCACUAUGAUCCCAGAAUCGGACCUAGAGGAAAGAUCAAUAGAACAAGACUCCACGGAGCUGUUUACCAACCACAGGCACCUCAUUGCAGAGACACCCGUGCCUGAAGUUUCACCCCUCCAAGGAGUCUCAGAGUAAUCCAGGUAGAGUUGUCUGCUUGGGAGGAAAAUGCCUUCCCAAGGCUGAUCCUGCGUGGACUUCAUGCCAAGCACAGACGCGGGGCUGGUCCAGGUGCUUCACAAAGCUCAACUUCCUGGAGGUGACACUGUGCAGAGACGGGGAGCACGACUUUUCAUUUUGCCAGGAGGACUUGUGACGACCCUGGGCAAGUCAGUAGAAACUUGUCUUGCUGGGAAAGGAUGCUGCUGCCUGUGGUCAUCUGUGUGCUUAUAGUCACAGGAUGUAGUGAGAUGACAUAGUUUGGGGACAGACUUUAUAGCAGAGAUCCAGAUCCAAAAUAAUUUGAUACCCCAUUUUUUCACAGAAUUCUUAUAUAUUAAGUAUAUCAAGUUUAAUAAAGCAUUUCAUUGUCAAACAA